CCAAUAAACCGAUCAAGAAGUACACUUUGGGAAAUACUCAAAGAACACGAAAGUAACAAGAGGUGAAUACAAUGAAGACUCCUAACAAAUGUGAUGACGUCCAGACAGCAUAAGCAACCUAUGAACCUCAGCCGUGUUCCACAACCUCCUAAACCCCAAACCACCUCCACUAUGGCCACUGCGAAGACAACUGUGGAUAUCCUGAAUGAAAUCUCUCCUCCCAGGGAAUUUAUGAAGAAUCAAAACAUCCCCAGUGCACCUGCUUCAAAACUAGAUGUUGUGCGCCUCCAGGAACUCCUGGACAAAAAGCUGCAGCAGAGGCAGGCCAACGAAAUGGGCAUCUGCCCUGUUCGCAGGGAGCUCUAUUCCCAGUGCUUAGAUGAGCUCAUUCGACAGAUCACAAUCUCGUGUUCUGAGAUGGGUCUGCUGCUGUUGCAGAUAAGAAAUGAGAUUCAAAUGACGAUGGCUGCCUACCAGACACUGUAUGAAAGUGGUGUGGCUUCUGGCAUGAGGAAGUUCCUGCAGGCUGAGCAGGCCAAGGCUGACAUGGAGAAAAGGAUUUCUGAUCUGGAGAAUGAGAAACACGACCUGAGGAAGGAAUUGGACCAAGAGAAAGCAAGAUCUGAUGCGACUGAAAUGAGAGACAAGCAGAAGGUGGAGAAUGAGAGGCUCACAGAGCAGAUAGAGUUCCUUAAGACAACCAAUGAGCAACUUAAGAUCCAACUGCAAGAGAUCGGCAAACCGAAGAAACAGGACGACUAAAGCAUUUAAUUACGCAUAGACUGCUGGGGGAACUCCACUCAUGAAUUGGGUUAGGGUCCUUCUCCAUAUGUCUCUCUACCUCUGGACUCUUUCAUCUCUCUGUGUGUCCUCACUCUUGUCCAGGUAUCUCUGACUCCAGAGUUGCUGGCCACAGAUUUGACACUCUUGUGAUCAUGAUGGGUAUUAUUUUCCGUUAUUUCCUCUCAUUUUGUUUACCUAUGAAAACUGUAGUAGUACUAAUAUACUGCACACAACCAACUUCUAAGGGUGGUGAAACUUCAACAAAUAAAAACU